CAAAUAGAAGAAUUGGAGACGUCCCUGGAGGUGCUGUGCGAGUAUUACAGUCGCUCCGACCGAGAGAGGAGUUCAGGGGAGAGCAAUAGAGACAUGAUCUGGGCUAGAGGGGCCAGAGAUCGGUAGAUUGCGCGGCUAGAGAGGCCGGAGGUAAGUGGCUGUAAGAAGUCGGGCGGACCCGGAAUCCAGAGGAAACGGGACCAUGACUUAUGCUUAUCUCUUCAAGUACAUCAUCAUCGGGGACACAGGUGUGGGGAAGUCAUGUCUCCUCCUGCAGUUUACAGACAAGCGGUUCCAGCCUGUCCACGACCUCACAAUAGGUGUGGAGUUUGGGGCCCGUAUGGUCAACAUUGACGGAAAACAAAUCAAACUGCAAAUCUGGGAUACGGUGAGAGAGAACAGGAUAACUUAUUCCCUGACCAAGAUCCAAACAGAACAGUAAAGGCUGUUGUGGGGGCAAGGGGCUAUGAGGGUGGGGCUGAUGGUGGAGAUGAGAGUAAGGGAAGAAUUUUCACUUUCAUCUGUUACAGUUAAAAUUCUGAAUACCGUAUCUUUGUAUUUUUCUUUUAUUUAUUUUUUAAGAUUUUAUUUAUUUGAGAGCGCUAGAGAGGGGGAGGGUCAGAGAGAGAAGCAGAUUCCCUGCUGAGCAGGGAGCCCAAUGCGGGACUCCAGGAUCAUGACCUGAGCCGAAGGCAGUCAUUUAACCAACUGAGCCACCCAGGCGCCCUGUAUUUUUAUUUUAAAUUACCCAAGUAAUGUAUGAGUUUGUCCUAGUAAAAAUAAAAGCAAACAAUAUUAAGUGUAUAGAGUAAAAUGUGAAUGUCCCCUUUCACAUACAUAAACUUCUUCUUCCUUCCAUUCCUGGUUUCUGCCUAACCGGUGUGAAUGUUUCAGUGCUUACACUUUCAGACUUUUUCUUUGUGUUCAGAUACAUACACGUGUACAAAUAUAUGGUAAUGGUUUUGUUCUUGUUAGUUUUACAUGCAAAGAAUCAUGGUAGAGUAGACCUAGCUAUAUGAAUUAAGUUUUUUAUUUAAUAAUUUCUGUGUUUUGGAUACUUCCAUGUUGAUAACAUAUAUCUCUGGUUCAUUCCUUUUAACCACUAUAUAGACUCAUAAAAAGUCUGUACCAUCAUUUAUUUAACUAUUCUCCCAAUGAUGGAAAUUCAGGUUUCCAGUUUUCACCUUUGCAAAUUUUCACUGAAUGUCUUUGGUUACCACAUCUUUAUGCAAAUGUUUGAGAAUUUCUGUGGAAUGCCUGCCCAGAAAUGGAAAUUCUGGGUCAAAGGUUAUGCAUAUUUUAAAAUUUGACAAAUGUAGUCCUUCCAAAAUUUAGCUUGACUUAGUAUAAUUUUGUUUUAUCCAGAUAAAUUGCCUUUAUGUGUAUUAUCUCAUUUGAUUUGUAUCUUUCUUUUCUCUAAGGAAAAUAAUACUGUCUUUAUUUGAAGUUAAAGGAAGGAAGCACAGAGUUCUUAAUAUUCAGCUAAAAUCUGUUUUUCUUUACUUAUUAUUUGAUUCUUUUUUUUUUUCCUAAACUCAGAGCUGAAGCCCUUAUAACUGUAAGCAGUACACAGUGAUAUUUCCUUUUUUUCCUCCCUUCCCCCUCCUCCCAUCCUCCCAUCCUCUGUCUCCCUACACAUGCAGGUAUCUUUCUUAGUCUUAAAAGUACAGUUGAUCCUUGAACAAUAUGUGUUUGAAUUACACAGGUCCGCUCAUGUGAAUUUUUUUCAAUAAAUGUACUACAGUACUGUAAUGUAUUUUCUUAACGUUUUUAUUCUCUAAGCGUAUUUUACUGUAAAAAUACAGUAUUUAGGGAACUAAUAUACAAAACUUAUUGAUGAACAUGAUAUGUUAUGGGUAAGGCUUCUGGUCAGCAGUAGGUUAUUAGUAGUUAAGGUUUGAAGGAGUCGAAGUUAUACAAGGAAUUUCGACUUUAUGGCAGCCAGACUCCCUAAUUCCUCUCUUGUUCCGGAGUCAACUGUAAGUUAACUUGCUGCUCUAAGCCCUUUUUGCAGAGUCUUUUUCUGGUGGCCUCUAAGGUUGUUAACACUUUUGGGUGCACUGAUUCAUUAAGUGCUUUUUAACUAGGAUCAUAUUCUCUUGUACAUUAUGUGGUUGUAUUUGCAAUUAUUUUAAUAACCUUUUGCCCUUCUGACUAGACUUUAUAUCCUUAAUAGUGGAAGCACUAACCACAUACCUCUAAAUCUUCCAAACUUGUUCUGUUGACUAGUUUUGUCUCUAGCCUUUUCCUCCCAACUAAGCCCAAUAGGUAUUAUUCUAUGUCUGUUGCCAAGGUUAAGUUCAUAUAUUUCUUUUUUUUUUUUUUAAAGAUUUUAUUUAUUUAUUCGACAGAGACAGCCAGCGAGAGAGGGAACACAAGCAGGGGGAGUGGGAGAGGAAGAAGCAGGCUCAUAGCGGAGGAGCCUGAUGUGGGGCUCGAUCCCAUAACGCCGGGAUCACGCCCUGAGCCAAAGGCAGACGCUUAACCUUUGUGCCACCCAGGCGCCCCAAGUUCAUAUAUUUCUUAAACAGCUGUCACUCGUUCCCUUCUCCUUUUAUUGUUUAGGCCCAAGUGUUCUUUGUCACUAUUAACCCAAGUAUGUAUAUUGCAACUCUACUUUUAUUAUCUCCUGGUUUUUAUAUUUCCCACAUUGAUAGAUUUGCCUCCCUAAAGAGGCCACAGGACAAAUUCUGAGCAGAUGACAGAGUGAGGCCUGUAGAUGUCAAGACUGGUAGUAUCUAGUUCUGCCUUUUUAACUUAAACCUCUACCAUUUCUAAAAAUGGGUGUUUUCAUGCCAGGAGACCCAGUUGCUGCCAGUUAGUUGUAUGGCCACAGUUAUGAGAGUGUCUGAGUGUUGGUUUGCUGGCUUCUGUGUUUUUUUUCCUUACAUGGUAACAUGAGACAGUGGAUCAUAAAAUAAGAAAGUUGAGAGCCACUGCUCUUUUGACAAGAUCCUCAAGGACCAUAAGGCCUGAUAGGCACUUGUGAUGCAACUGACCUAGUUCUUUUCUGUUCCCUUUUAAUAAUUGUAUUGCAAUUAUACUAAUCUCUGUUGAAUUAUAAAAAGAUAUGAGGUUUCAGAAUAUUAAGUUUUCUAUUUGAAAUUUUUAAGCGAUUCCGGCCUAUAACGUAGUGUGUUUCUUGUCUGCCACUCUCUGGGCAAGCCUGAUCAUUUUUCCCUUGUCAGCUCUGAUCUACUCAUUGCUUAGCCACCUUGGCUUCCCAUUUUGUUGACCCCAUUCUCUCACAUACUCCCAAAGUCAUCCUACGUGAAAAUAUUUAGGGAUUACCAUGAAGGAAAUUUUUAAAGAGAUCAAGUUACCCAAAGUUUUUUGUUGUCACUGGUUCUGGUUAUUGAUAAGGAUGUAGAGAGCCAUAUUACUUUUUGGUUUUUUUCUUUUUAGUAGGCUCCAUGCCCAAUGUUGGGCUUGAACUCACAACCCUGAGGUCAAGAGUCGCAUGUUCCACCAACUAAGCCAGCUAGAUGCCCCUAGACAGCCACAUUAUUAUCUCUUUUCAUCCUGUACAUGUAAUUGCCCAAAUAACCCAUGCUAAAUGAAUAGGCAUUAUACUGUAGUUACUAUAAAAUACUGGUCAAUCCCAAAUUCCUUUGUAUUUUACUUCAGAAUGCAUUUUGAUUCUUAGGAAAUGAGCCUUUCUGGCUUUGUAGGAAUUGAUACUUCAGACUACAGUUGACCCUUAAACAAUGUGGGGAUUAGGGGUAUCAACCUCUGUACAGUCAAAAGUCUGCAUAUGAUUUUUGACUCCCCAAAAGAUUAACUACUUUUUUUUUUUUUUUUACUUUAUUCUAAGUAAUCUCUAUACCCAAUGUGGGGCUUGGGCUUGAACUCAUGACCUUGAGAUCAAGGGUCACAUGCUUUUCUAACUAAGCUAGCCAGGCACCCCCAAAUACUUAACUACUAAUAACCUACUGUUGACCAGAAGGCUUACUCAUAACAUAAGAAAUGGAUUAAUACGUAUUUUGUAUGUUAUAUGUAUAUAUAUGUUAUGUAUAUUUUAUGUGUAUAUUAAGGUAAGCUAGAGAAAAGAAAAUGUUAUUAAGAAAACCAUAAUAGAGGGGUCCCUGAGUGGC